UCGUCAUUGUGUUAAAAAUUAUGAACUACAGUUUAUAACAAUUGUGAUUUUUAAAACCCGUUUUUAUUUGAUAUGCCCGGUGAUCUUUUUUUAUAUGUUCAAUACAAAAGAACCAGACAGUGUAUUGAUACAAUUUUUUAACUGUGAUUGUUUACAAAUAUAUAAAUAGGUAAUUUUUUGUCUUUAAAUCGAGUUACUCUGUCACCGUCGUUGAAUUAUAAUAGACAGUAUUCUAUUUUUAGUAACGCGUUAACAGACCUUGAGUCGGUACGCGUGGUUUGUAUACUUAGCCUUGGGAGCAUGUGACAUCCUCGCUUGUCUCACAGAGAAUUCUCUUCCAGGAUUACUAGAAAUGAGCUGUGGGGAUUUUACUAUAAUGUGACAUAUAAGGAAUUUUUUUAUAUUUCUGGAGGAGACAAUUAUCCCUGAGUGAGGAUGGAGGAAGACCUUCGCAGCUUCUGUAACACCUCCGUAUUCUGGAACAGCACGGUUUUCCUGGAGAAUUCGUGGCCCCGUGUUCCCGCGUGUUUCCAGAUCACCGUGUUGACGUGGAUUCCCUGCGCGUGGUUGUGGCUGACGUUACCGCCGUACUGUUACUACCUGUACCACUCCGACAACAGACACAGGAACAUCCCCGCCAAUGCCCUCAGUGCCACCAAAUCUGGUAUCAGCUUCUUGCUUGGAAUAAUCGUUCUGGUGGGCCUGAUCCAUGAUGUCACGAAGGACGAGAAUCUGAGUCUUUCACACGUUCCUCCCGCCAUACUCCUCAGUGUCUUCCUACGCCUGGCUACAUUUAUGCUUGCCGGGUUCUUGAGUCAGAUAGAACGGUUGUGUGGAAUUGUGUCCUCGGGCAUACAGUUUGUUUUCUGGCUAAUACUGCUGUCCCUUAGUGUUGUGCCAUUUUAUUCCAAUAUAAUGCAAAAGAAAUAUAACUGGGACCUUUUCAAAUUCAUCAUAUUUUACAUUUAUUUCCUCGCUGUUGUUGUCCAAUUUAUUCUACAUUGUAUAGCAGAAAAACCUGAAACAUCAGCAGAGAAAACUCCUGAGGAAAAGAGUAACGUAAACCCACUGUAUUGUUUUAAACAGAAACCGUGUCCAGAGAAAGAGAGUUCUGUGUUAAACAGACUAUACUUCUGGUGGCUCAAUCCACUUGUGCUGUCGUCUGUGAAGACUCCACUAAAACUCGAGGACAUGUGGCAAUUGAACCAGGAAGAUAAAAACAGUUAUCUCACUCAGAAGUUUGAAAAACACUGGCGGCGGGAGAUCAUCUACUCCAAAAUCAAAUUACAAAAGAUGAUGUCAUCAGUCAGGAGGAAACAGGAUCUAUACACAAGAGCCUCGGGUAUGACGGAGAAAACGCCCCUUCUAAGUGGGAAGACGGGUUCAGUGUUUACCACAAAGGAGGAAAAAACUUCUCCCCCGCCUGAGCCCCCAUCAGCCAUCCCUUCUCUUUCCUCCGCCCUCACAAGGACCUUCGGGUUCGUCUAUCUGGUGUCUCUUGGAUUCAAAUUCCUCUCUGAUGUCCUUCAAUUCGUUAGCCCUAUACUGCUUGGAAUCCUGAUUGAUUACGCUGAUAAGAGGGAUCAGCUUCCAGCAUGGAGGGGAUACAUCCCCGCAGUCCUCCUAUUCCUGGCCUCAUGUCUGCAGUCCAUAUUCUAUCACCAAAACUACCAUGUCGGAAUGUCUGUUGGUAUGAGGAUCAGAUCAACCCUCAUUGCAGCAAUAUUCAGAAAGGCCCUGACAUUGAGUCCAUCUGCACGGAGGGGAAACACUCUGGGUGAAAUAGUGAACCUGAUGUCUGUUGAUUGUCAGAGGAUUCAGGACACAUUUACCUACUCCUGGUCUCUGAUGACAUGUCCCCUACAGAUGGCGCUAGGGAUUUAUCUCCUUUGGAAUGUUGUGGGAGCUUCCUGUAUCGCUGGACUAGUGGUUCUUAUUCUGAUGGUCCCUCUCAAUUCCUUUGUGGUGGUUAAACAAAGGGCUCUGAACGUAAAGGUACUGCGUCUCAAGGGACACAGAACGAAACUGAUGACGGAUGUCCUUAAUGGAAUGAAGGUGUUAAAGAUGUAUGCUUGGGAACCUUCAUUUGAGGAAAAGGUUAAAAGCAUUCGAGACGAAGAGUUGGUAUAUCUGAGAAAGAUUGCAUGGUUACAAGGAAGCACUACGUUUUGUUGGAUUCUGGCGCCGUAUUUGGUGACCUUAGCCACAUUUGCCACUUACAUCUUGAUCUCCCCUGAGCACGUUCUUGACGCUAAGAAGGCCUUCGUGGCUCUGGCUCUGUUCAACAUCUUGCGACUGCCAAUCAACCUCAUGUCACAGACCAUCUCCUUAUUAGUACAGGCUGUGGUGUCCAUAAAAAGAAUCCAAGACUUCCUCGUGAUGACUGAUUUAGAUUCCACAAACGUACACCACUCAUCUUUGUCUGAUUACGCCAUUGAGGUAGAGAAUGCAUCUUUCGCCUGGGAUUUGGAAGCUCCAUCGCCUACGUUAAAAGAUAUCAACCUGAAGAUUCCUGAGGGGAUGCUGAUAGCGGUGGUAGGACAAGUGGGCAGUGGUAAAUCGUCUCUGAUCUCGGCCCUCCUGGGCGAAAUGAAUAAGCUUGAGGGAAGUGUAAAUUUUAGGGGUACCACAGCUUACGUUCCUCAAGAGGCGUGGAUUCAGAAUGCAACACUGAUGAAUAAUAUUCUGUUUGGUAAGCCUUACAUUCAGAAGAAAUAUCAGAAGGUCAUCGAGGCAUGCGCCCUGGUGCCUGAUCUGGAUAUGUUGCCUGGUAGAGACCACACAGAAAUCGGAGAAAAGGGAAUUAACAUAAGCGGUGGACAGAAGCAGAGAGUGAGCCUUGCCAGGGCGGUGUACAGUAACUCAAAUGUUUACCUUCUAGAUGAUCCUCUCUCGGCUGUCGAUUCUCAUGUAGGAAAACACAUCUUUGAUCGCGUCAUAGGACCCAAAGGACUCCUAAAAAAUAAAACCCGCGUUCUUGUAACUCAUGGCGUCCAUUGGUUACCUAUGGUAGAUAUGGUUGUAGUUAUGGUAAAUGGGAAAAUCACAGAAACAGGAAACUAUGAACAGCUGAUUAAACAUGACGGGCCAUUCGCUCAAUUCUUAAAGGAGUAUUUCCUGAAUGAGCCUGAUAAUGAAAUAGAGAAUGAACACCCUGAAAUUCACAAAAUAAAAACACAGAUCCUGGAGAAAGUGGAGUCUGUGACCUCAGAUGCGUGGACAUCUGACAUGGACGGCAAGAGACUAAGUCUCUCUGUAAGGAGAGAAUCGAAGAAGCAGGAGUUGGGAAAAUCGUCCUAUCCCAAGCCAGCAGAAAAAUCCAUAAUAUCACGUCAGACACUGACGUCAGCCGAGACGUCACAGGAAGGACAGGUGAAGUUAUCCGUGUUUUCUGAGUAUGCUAAAGGAGUGGGUGUAUUAACAUGCGUUAUUGUUUUCAUCGUGUUCACACUGUAUCAUUCGACUAGCGUCUUCUCCAACUAUUGGCUUACAUACUGGACAGAAGAUUCUCUGCUCCUUGAUCGGGACGAAAUGAACACAACUGAAUAUUAUGAAAGAAAGACAUACUACCUCUCUGUAUAUGGAAUUCUAGGGGCCAUACAGGGAAUCCUUGUCUUCCUGUACGCCAUCAUCUUAUCUCUGGGAAUGGUGACUGCUUCCGGUAGAUUGCAUCACAGAAUGCUCAAGAAAAUCCUCCGUGCACCAAUGUCUUUCUUUGACACAACUCCCCUCGGGCGGAUCACCAAUCGUUUUUCAGCUGACAUAGACAUAAUGGAUAACACAUUACCGUUAACGUUUAGGAUAACUCUGAACUCCUUAUUUCUGGCGCUUAGUACUCUGAUCGUCUGCACAAUCAACACACCGUACUUUGCAGCAUUCAUUGUUCCUGUAGCAAUCCUAUAUUAUUUCAUUAUGAAAUUCUAUAUUCCCACGGCGUCCCAGCUGAAGAGGGUGGAGUCCGUGACCCGGUCCCCGGUAUUUAAUCACUUCAGUGAGACGGUGACGGGGGCUAGCGUCAUCAGGGCUUACAAAGUUCAGGACAGGUUUAAAGAGGAGUCAUCACGGAGAGUGGAUCAGAAUAUGGAGCCGUACUACAUCAACUUUUCCUCAUCAAGAUGGCUUGGAGUGAGACUGGAAUUCCUCGGUAACUGCCUCGUUCUGGGCGCCACCAUGUUUAGUAUCUUCUCCGAUCUUAAUGGCGCUCUCGUAGGACUUUCAAUCACCUAUGCUCUGCAGGCCACAGGAAUUUUAAAUCUACUGGUUGUAAAUCUGACUGAUCUGGCAAACAAUAUCGUUUGUGUGGAAAGAAUCAAGGAGUAUUACACUGAUGUCAAAAGCGAGGCUGAGUGGACCUCUGAGAACAAACCACCCGCUGAGUGGCCUCAGUCUGGACACAUUAAGUUCUUACACUACAGAACCCGGUAUAGGGAAGGUCUGGACCUCGUCUUAAAGGGUGUGACUGUGACCAUCAAUCACGGGGAGAAGGUUGGAAUCGUCGGUCGAACAGGGGCGGGGAAAUCUUCCCUGACGCUUUCACUGUUCCGAUUGAUUGAGAGUGCUGGAGGUGAAAUCAUUAUUGACGGCGUCCGGAUAGCAGAUAUUGGACUCCACGACCUGAGAUCUAAAAUCACCAUCUUACCGCAGGAUCCAGUAAUUUUCUCGGGAAGUUUGCGGUUGAACCUUGACCCCUUCAAUGAAUAUACCGAUCUCCAGAUCUGGAAGGCCUUGGAGACCGCCCACCUUAAAUCUUUUGUCCAAUCAUUGACCGGACAACUCCAAUACGACUGUGGAGAGGGCGGAAUGAACCUUAGUGUGGGACAGCGACAGUUGUUAUGUCUGGCCCGGACGCUGCUGAAGAAAACUAACAUUCUUAUUCUGGACGAGGCGACGGCAGCCGUGGAUUUCCAGACAGAUGAACUUAUUCAACAAACCAUACAGCGAGAAUUCCGGAACUGCACGGUCCUCUCAAUCGCUCACCGACUCAACACCAUCAUGGACUAUGACAGGAUUAUGGUAUUGGACAAUGGUCAAGUGGUGGAAUUCGACAGUCCGGAAAACCUACUGGCUAAAAAAGACAGUAUAUUUUACAGCAUGGCUAAAAACGCGGGACUAGCUACGGACGUGACGGUUAGAGGCCACCGCCAUACCCCCUCCCCAACCAAAGUAGAGACCCGAGACAAACCCAGCAGCAGGCCCGGGUCUGCGGCCAGCCAGGAGGGGUCUGGUCCCCGGGCAUCCCCCGUACCCCCUCCCCCGACCACGCCCAUCAGUCGGGUAGACAGUGAGGAGACACUGCCGCGAUCCUCCAGUUCAGAGUUUGAAACUAAUGACCACUCCCCAGGUCAGAGGAGAGAUUCCACUACAGAGAACAAAGGGGAAUCGGAGGUCUGAUUCCAGGAGGGGAGGGGUCAUUAUUUACUGAUCAAAUUUAAGGAGAAAAGUACUAGAAGCAUUAUUCAUCAACUUAUCACCGAUGGACAUAAUUCCAUAUUGGUACCCGUAUCUUCAUAUGAAGAAUAGUUCUAUCGCAAUUUUCAAGAUUUUAUCCAAAAAUUGACGUCUUAUAAGAUUAGGAAAUAAUAAUAGAUU